UCGGAUGUAUCACGGUAUUUGAUAUGUAUAAACGCCGUGCAAUUGUGAUGCGGUCUCCGUAUCACUCAUUAUGGAUGAGUCUCCGCUGUGCAUAUAGAUCUCCAAAAUGGCGUCAUUCGAACAGUGUUUAAAGUAUUCUCUCGAUAAUUGUCCUUUAUUUAAAGAGAAGAAGAUCACAUUGAAGGAGAAACAGAUUGAGACGUUGAGAGCAUUGUACGAAGAUCAUGACUGUGUGUCGGUAUUACCCACAGGCUACGGUAAAAGUGUAAUAUUUCAGCUCUUACCGUGGUUUUGUCAGCUGAAAAUGGAGAAACGGAAACCAAUGAGCGUGAUAGUCGUGUCCCCGCUAAAUUCCCUAAUCCAGGACCAAGUCAUUGCAAUGAGGAAGAAGGGAUUAAAUGCUUGCAGUUUGAACUUCACUGGUACUCAUGGCUCAACUUAUGAAGAUGCGGAUUGCGAGAACGAUGAGGAACAGGAUCAUGAAUAUGUUGAAAUUGAUGUUCCAUUUGAGCAACUGGAGAGAGGAGACUUUUGCAUGAUUUAUUGUCAUCCAGAGGCACUAUUGAAGACCAGAUUUUCUCGACUUCUUAGGUCUCAACUGUACCAAGAGAUCAUUUGUGCAGUAGUCAUAGAUGAAGUCCAUAUGGUUUCAGAAUGGGGAGAAGAAUUCCGUCCUGCAUUCCAGAAGCUUGGGGAGUUAAUGUGCAUUCUAGAGAAGGCUUUGCAUUUAAUUCUGACAGCAACUGCUACACCCAAAUCAAUUGCAAGUCUAGCUAAAGAGCUGAAUUUGAAAAAUCCACUUGUUAUCAGUGAGAAUGUGGAUCGUCCAAACAUAUUUAUAGACAUUAGAAACAGAUUGCCAAACAUUCAUAAAUUUGACAAAUUUGAUGACUUGAUAGAACCUGUGGCAACAGAAUUGCUGGAAAAAGGAGUUCAUUUUCCAGUGACCAUAAUGUAUGUGGAAAGUUUGGAAGCAUUGUCUUAUUUUUAUCAGUUUCUUUCGUAUAAACUUAAGGGUGCCAGCUACGAUGGUGAGGAAAUCCCACAGAAUAGAAUAUAUGCUCAAUACCACAAAGAUUAUGCAGAGUCCAUGAAGAAAAUCAUUAUUCAGGAACUGACCAAAGAAACCCCUAAAGUCAGAUUAGUUUUGGCAACUGUUGCACUGGGAAUGGGGCUCAAUGCCCCAAGUGUUUCACGUAUCAUUCAUUGCAGGCCCCCAACAACACUGGAGAAAUACCUACAAGAAAUCGGUCGUGCUGGACGUGUUGGACAACCGUCAGUGGCAAUUCUUUACUACAACAAAAAUGAUAUUGCAAAAAACAGAAUCGGUAUGACAGAAGAAAUGAGGAAGUUUUGUGAAAGUGAAACAUGUUAUAGAAUUAUUCUUGUGAAUUACUUUGGAUUUGAAAGUGUUGUUUUUUCAGGACCAAAGGAACAUUGUUGCUCCAUUUGUAGCAGAAAAUGACUCGUCAUUACUGACUGUAUAUAUGAUUUCUCCCGUCAAGUGUGAUUUUAAGCAAUUCCCUGCAUCUAGUGACAUACACAUCAUUCUUGUGGAUUCUGUUGCUGUAUAAAGUAGAUUCUUAAGACAAUUGUUCACGGGGAUUAUAUUUAAUGCCAGGGAUAGUGACACUCUCACUAUGUCUGUAUGUCAUGAUCACUUUUGCAGAGAUUAUUUCCUGUGAGAAACCAUUCAAUAACACUCUCACAAUAACAUCAGUUUCUUUGUUUGUUCUGAUGGAUAUAAACUGCCAUAGCAACCAUAAUUUUGUUGUUAACAAGAAGCCUACAUCCAUUACCUAAAAGCCUAAAACCAUUACCCAGGAACCUACAGCCAUUACUCAGGAGCCUACGAUCAUUACCCAGAAGCCUACCACCAUAACCCUACGACCAUAACGCAGAACCCUACCACCAUUACCCAGCAGACUACAACCAAUACCUAGAAGCCUAUAACAAUUACCCAGAAUACUACCAACAUAACCCAGAACCAUAAGCCCAUCAUGCAGGAGCCUACAACCUUUACCAAGGUGACUACCACCAAUACCUAGAAGCCUAUAACCAUUACCCAGAAGACUAACACCAUUACACAGAAGCCUACCACCACAACCCAGAACACUACCACCAUAACCGAGAACCCUUAGACCAUCACGCAGUAACUUACAACCAUUACCUAACAGCCUAUGACCGUUUACAAGAAGCCUACAUCCAUUACCUAAAAGCCUACCAACAUAACCGAGAACCCUUAGACCAUCACGCAGGAACCUACUACCAUUACUUAGGAGGAGCCAAUGACCACUACUUGUGUGGGAAAUACAGUACAAUAGAGACAAUCACAAAAGUUUUGUCCAUUUGGAUAACAGAUGCAAGAGAGGUUUAGUCAUCAACGUUUCCAAAGGAGAGGGACUAAUGUAACACUAGUUCUAUCAGCAUUGUUGUGGACCAGUGGAGUGCUGACACAACUUUGAUAGUCUAGUGCAAUUACAGUAACCUAACAACAUGGAACACUGACACAUGCCUGCACAUUUGCACACUUGUUGAAUUCGGACAAAAGUUUUGAACAAAUGCCCAUUACCCAGAAGCCUAACACCAUUACCCAGAAGCCUACCACCAUUACCCAGAAGCCUACCACCAUUACCCAGAAGCCUACCACCAUUACCCAGAAGCCUACCACCAUUACCCAGAAGCCUACCACCAUUACCCAGAAGCCUACCACCAUUACCCAGAAGCCUACCACCACUACCCAGAACAGUACCACCAGAACCUAGAACCCUUAGACCAUCAUGCAUUAACUUACAACCAUUACCUAACAGCCUAUGACCGUUAACAAGAAGCCUACAUCCAUUACCUAAAAGCCUAAAACCAUUACC